ACGAUAGGAUGGGUUAGAGUAGGUAUUGGUUAGAGAGUGCUCGAACUGCUCUGAGUUCCCGUCGCGCCACGCAGCCAUCUUGCCUGCUCAUUCCGAGGGGGUCUUUGCCUGCAAAAAGUAAACAUCCCUUAUCAAAUGUUGUUUUUUAUUUUUGUCGAAGUUUAUCCGCCCGUCGCACUUAGUUGGCACUUAGCAAAGCUUAGAUUGUAAACAUGUGAUGUGCUUUAAAUUCUAUAUCUUACCUAGUCAGCGGGAGCUCAUUAAUGAGCUUGAGUCAUCUUCAGGAGUCAGUCUGAUAACAAGCAUCAGCUGAUCAUGGUUGUAUCCAAACCCAUGCAUUGCAUUCAGGAUGUGUGUCAGAAGUUACUGAUUUCUUACUUUGAAAAUCUGCACACUCAUCCGUAUCGGACGAAAGCAUUCACCAGUCUAAUCAUAGCCCUGCUUGGUAAUUACUUGUCUCAGCGCAUAACCAGGGGAAAGCAGAUUGAUCAUAAUAGUCUCAUUGCCUAUGGAUUUUUUGGACUCACUUUUGGCUGGUCAGGGCCUCAUUUGCUGUUCAGCUGGCUUGAGUCUGCCAUACCUCGAAAACAGAAUUUCAGCCUGCUAAAACGUUUUGCUUUUGAGAGACUAGUUUACACACCUUUCUUUCAGUUUCUGGUGCUCUUUACGCUUUCAAUAUAUGAGGGUAAAUCUUAUCAAGUCUCCUUAAAAAAUGCUCAGACAUUGUAUUGCAAAGUAUUGCAAGCAAAUUUGAAGUAUCUGUCCCUCUUGCAAUUCAUGAAUCUUGCUUAUGUUCCACCGAUGUUGAGAGUUCUGUUCAGUAAUAUGAUUGGAUUUGUUUGGAUUCUGUUCCUGUCACAUCAGCGGAAACAAUCUCAAGAGAAAACACCACGGAUUAGAAAUUAACAGUAAAUGUUCAGUGUAGGAAAUUUUAUCAUUUUCAUUUAAGGGGGGACUACGGUAAUUCAUGAUUUACUAAAUUAUUACUAUCCAUAUUAUUUCAUAGUUGUUAUCAUUGUUGGCAAACCAUUAUUAUACUUUUAUAUGUACAUGAAUAUAUUUUUGCUAUCGGACAAUAAUUUUCUUUUUUCUGUUCA